CUGGACUGCGACGAGGACUCUCCCAACUUUGACGAGGACGGACGAGACGAGUACAACGAGAUCCACAUGCUUGUGUGAACCGCCACCGGCCUCGUCCCACAGCUCGAAGCACAGACGCCUCUUUGGAAACCUCCGAGUCACAGGGUAGCAAAACGUGCAGCAGGAGCUCCCAUAAUGCUCUGGAUGACCUUUGUUUUUAUAAACCGACGCAGCGGUGGUGUGAUGGUCUCCAGGAAUUAGCUGCACCUGAACUGGACUAAUCUUGCGUCAUCACGUUUUUUACCUUAAAAUCCCUUUAAUUGUUUCGGGCGACAGUGCAAUGAUUAUGGAGACACGUAGCACAAAGUAAGAGCAGAUGAAUGAAUUAAACAAGUUUCACUGCCUGUAGAUUAGCUGCCUUCUUCCUGUUCUGCCUUCGUAUUUAAGAUGCAGUGAUUUAAAUGAGCUGAGGUGUCUGUUUCACUCCUGCACAGACCUCCGAGCUCUUUGAACAGCUUUUUAUUAAACGUACGUGAAGCCGAA